CGACUCGUCCACCUUCGCUCUCCCGCCUCCCCCCGUCCGUCCGUCCCCUCCAACACCCGCCCAAACUCACGGCUCCCAUUUCUUCCUCCUCCCCGUCCGUCCAUCCAUCACCGCCGCUCCCUCAUCGCGUCGCCGCUCGUCGCUUCUAUCGCACCGGCCCCCGCCGCCCGCCGCGACGACACGACACGCUCAUCGCGAUUGCUCUGCUCUCGCUUGCUUCAUGCCGGCGCGCUGUUUUCUUGGGCGCGCGUGAAUCUGGCCUGACACGGGUCCCGCCCGCUGCUUGUUUAUCCACCCGCAACGCGCACCCCUGGCCCUGUGUUUACUCACCUCCGCGCGACUGCCCUCCGCCACCACCUCGUCCGCCGGCGUUGGCUCGCCUCCUGGUAGCCGCUGCCGACUCUCUGCAUCGCUCAUCGCCUGCCUCAUCGCCCUCGUGGCUCUCCCGUCGCCGCGCGCCGCGCCACCGUCGCCGUCAUGUUCUACUCGGAGACGCUGCUCAACAAGAGCGGGCCGCUCGCCCGCGUCUGGCUCUCGGCCAACCUCGAGCGCAAGCUCUCCAAGAACCACAUCCUCCAGUCCAAUGUCACCGACAGCGUUGAGGCCAUCAUCACGCCUAACCAGGCGCCCAUGGCCCUGCGCCUCAGCGGCCAGCUGCUGCUCGGUGUCGUGAGGAUAUAUCAGCGCAAGACGCGCUAUUUGCUUGACGACUGCAACGAGGCCAUGAUGAAGAUCAAGAUGGCAUUUCGAUCUAGUGGUAACAAUGACCUUGCUGCCAACCUACAAGUCUCCAACCGCGAGGCGCUGCUGCUGCCGGACAGGAUCACUCCAUAUGACAACCUCGAGCUUCCCCCACCGCCCGAUGCGUCGUGGCUCCUGUCGCAGGCCGACGACGUGACUGCCACCCCAGUUGGCCGUAAAGGACGUAUCAGCAACAACAGGGACAUCAACCUGCAGGAAGACUUUGACAACAGCCAGUUCCUCCAGGGCAACAGCGCCUUGGAUGAGGAUGAUCUCGUCCCAAUGGACGACCUCGACCUUGGACUCGACUUCGGCAUUGACAUGGACGGUGGCCCAAGCCAGAGCAUCGAAAUGGGUCGAGAUGCGCCUGCAGCUCGUGACUUUGAGGAUGACGUGCUGAGCGAGCUCGAUAUGAUGCCUCGCCAUGGCAAGGACGACUCCAUCGCGCUCGACUUUGGCGAGGACGGUGUCCGCAUCGCCGACGGAGAAGGCGACAUACCCAUGGGAGACGACGACUUUGGCUUCAAUGUUGACGAUCAGUCUGCCAUGCCCGAGCUGGCUGGCGCUGCAGCCUUCAACCGCGCGAGGAUAUCCGAAUCGCCGCUUUCGGACAUUGAUGAGGCGCUGGCCCGAGAGGUGGAACAGGAGUACUCGAGACACAACCAAACAGAUCUGUACGAGCCCAUGGACGACACGGAGACGGCGCUCAUCCGGCGACCCACGCAGCGCUCCAAGAAGCAGAAAAUCAUGCUGCCCGACGACGAGAUUGCGCUGUCAAGCAGCCACAUCAAGCAGCAGCAAAUCGACCGACACAACAUCAUCAAGCCCGCUGCUUUCCUUCCCCGUGACCCGUUCCUCCUAGCCCUGAUGGAGAUGCAGAAGAGUGGCGGAUUCGUUUCGGGCAUCAUGUCCGAGGGCCGCAGCGCCGCGUGGGCCCCCGAGCUCCGCGGCAUGCUCUCCCUCGAUGCGAUACGGGGGAUCAGCGACUUGAAGCGCAAGCGCGACAGCGGCAUCGCCGACGUCGACAGCGAGCAAGGCGCCCUGAAAUCCCCUCGCCUCGAACUCGGAGACGACACCGACUUUGGCUUUGAUGGCCAUGGGCUCGGCAACCAGAGCGUGACGGCCGACGGCACCAUCCUGGAGAUUGGCGCCGACGAUGACGACCACCACGACCGAGACAUGGGAAGCCCAAUGCCUGCCUUUGACGAGACGACGGCACCGCUCGUACACCCGGCCGACAGCGGCCCCGUUUCGGUCGGCACUAAGCAUGCCGUCCACAUCCUGCGCGACCUGUUUGGCUCAGAAGCGGCCACGAGCGCCGAGACACGCAAGAAGUCGCAAGUCGUGUUCCAGAGCCUGCUGCCCGAGAAGCGCACAACAAAGGCCGAGGCCACCAAGAUGUUCUUUGAAUGCCUUGUCCUUGCCACCAAGGACGCCAUCAAGGUCGAGCAAGGCUCCGAGCUGGGCGCGCCGAUCCGCGUGCGGGGGAAGCGUGGCCUCUGGGGCGACUGGGCCGAGCGCGAGGCUGGCGGCGAGAUCUCCCACCAGAACGAGCCAGAGCCCGCGGCCGUCAGCGCGCACGCUGUCGCCGUCGAGGCGUAAUGCAUCUUUGCUGGAAACAUUUUUGCGGUAGUAAUGAAGCCGCGGCUGGCCGGCCAACGCGCCGUGCCCGGCUCGUGUAUGAUUACUGGCUUGGUGCAUUGUUGGGCAUUGGCUUGUUCAAGACGGCGUUGGAGGCGUUGGCUGGGAGAUACCACGGAUCGCGCGAGAGGAACCGCCGACUGAUGAUCAGGAAAGAUCCUAAAAGGGGAAACAGCUCUAGUAUUGGAAUGCGCGUGACUGCGCUGGCUGAGCCGAGGGCCGCGGCCAGGACUGUUUCCCAGAAGUGCGUUGAAAUGAGGAUGGGUUGGGUGGUGUUGGGGUAGGUAGGCAGUUUGUAGCUUGAUCGAAUAAAACCUGAUACGGAAAUGCCAAAACGCUCUCUGCGCAGCAUUGAGUAUGACAGUACGCUGCGCGUGAGUGGAUGCGGUUCUAGUAUCUAGUUAUGUA